AGAGUUCGGGGGGAGAGAGCUGUCACACGGGGGCCGCGAGGCAGGGACGGCGGAGCAUCGCGCGAUGUGACUGUGCGAGUAACGGGCCCGUGAUCCGAGCGCGCGCUGUGACGCUCCCGUUCUGCAGGUAUCUGAAGCACCUCGUUCUCCCGUGAGAAGCGCCAGACCGCCGCGCGCCGCUGCCGUUGAUGUCCUCUCCGCCGAGUCCCGGAUAAACCCGCACAAGUUUCUGGCAACAGGUGGAGUUUUUUUUUCCUGCGGCUUGUUUUCCCAAUCGCGUGGGUCGCGCGCGAGCCCCGCUAUGGAGGAGCAGAAGGACCAAACCGGGCGCGAUUCGAGCGAGGCUGAGCGCGCGGCGCCCUCCCUGCCCGCGCUGCCCCACCAGGCAGCGCAGCAGCUCCACCGGACCACCAACUUCUUCAUCGACAACAUCCUGCGGCCGGACUUCGGCUGCAGGAAGGAGCUCGCGGCGCGGGAGCGGGAGCGGGAGCGCGCGCACACCGCGGGCCGCGAGAACGUCAACCCGCUCGCCGCCAGGCCGACGCACGCGGGCGGCCUCCUUCGCCACGACGCCGACGACUGCACGACGUCGUCGUCGUCGUCGUCGUCCUCCUCCUCGUCGUCCUCCUCACCGUCGUCGUCGUCGUCGCCGUCCUCCAAGACGACGUCGGCCAAGCUGAAUACGGAAGGUAAUGGGAGCGCGGCGGCCAAGUACGGGGAGCACGCGCCCAUAAUGGAGGUGAACGGGAACGGUGGGAGCACGACGACCAAGGAAUCGCAGCCGCUACUGUGGCCCGCGUGGGUUUACUGCACCAGAUACUCGGACAGACCGUCAUCCGUCUCCACACCAGGCCCGAGGACGCGCAGACUGAAGAAGAAGAAGACCGAAAAGGAGGACAAGCGGCCGCGGACGGCCUUCACGGCCGAGCAGCUGCAGAGACUCAAGGCCGAGUUCCAGGCCAACCGCUACAUCACGGAGCAGCGGAGGCAGUCGCUCGCCCAAGAACUCAACCUCAACGAGUCCCAGAUCAAAAUCUGGUUCCAGAACAAACGGGCCAAAAUCAAAAAGGCCAGCGGCUUCAAGAACGGCCUGGCCCUGCAGCUCAUGGCCCAGGGACUUUACAACCAUUCCACCACCACGGUGCAAGACGAGAAGGAGGACAGCGAGUGACCCUCUCGUUCUCUUGUAAGCGAAGGCUAUAGACGCUGACCCCCGGCGUGUCCUCCACGUCCUCCGUGCGGCAGACGCGUGGGGAAGAGGGGAAGAGGCGAGCUCUCCAAGAGACCUUAUUUAAGCAGAUCUAUCCUAGGCUACGAUACAGGGCCAAGCAUCUAAAUACGAACACUAUGGAGAUUUAUAUAUAGCUAAAAAAAAAACAAAAAAAAAAACAAC